AUGUUUCAAGAAAAGAAACAACCGAAAAUGGAUGUGCAAUACUUAUACAUUCUUUUGCCGUAUAUCAAGAAGUUCAAUAAAUAUUGUGGAUUGGGCGUGCGAAAUACGUCAUUCGGUUUGCAAACUGACCGCCAUUGUAAACUUCUACGUUGUACUCUUCGUUGUGUUGGUCGCCCAUUAUGUCCAUUUGUCUGUUCCAUCAUCAUUAACAACAACGGUGAAGGACAUAUUAUUGUAACCAAUACCACGAUUCGACAUCCCAGGGGAAAAAAGAUUGCACGUCCAAUGAGAGAGCCAGUACGAUCGAUAUUGAAAAAACAAUUUGCUGAUGGAGCAUCUGUGUAUCGAAUCUAUCAAGACCGUUUGAAAAAGCGAACAAUCGAGGAGCGACGUGGUAAUAAUUACGAUACUGUCGGCAAAACUCGUAGUGUCUUGCGAAAGAUAAAAUCAGAAGGUUUAAUGGAAUCUUUGUUAGAUCCUGAUGCUGACAAAGGAUUAGAUCGACUACGUGAACAAUAUCAUAACGAAAUCAAUGUAGACGGUCGAGUUCAAGGAGCCAUCCAGCAUGUAUCAAGAUAUCCGUCGCAAGUUAUUGUUUUCACGGAAUCAUCUAUUCGAUUAUAUGACACUUUACUAAAACAGAAAAAUACUGUAUUGUCUUGGGAUGCGACUGGUAGCGUAAUCCAAGAAAAACAGAAUACACAUCGUCUUUUGUAUUAUGAACUGAGCAUCACACUCCCAGGUAUCGUUUCUGACGAUUCGAUUGUCCCAGUUACUUUCAUGAUAAGUGAUUCACAUGGUCUAGUUGACAUAAUUCACUGGAUGCAUUUAUUCAAAUACAAUUACAAUCAAGUGUUUGUCGGUAAGAAAUUUCCUCAGCCUGCGGUAGUAUUGAGCGACAGAGCUCAAGUUUUCCUGUUGGCGGCAAUCCAGAUAUGGAAUAAUGAAACCAUGAAAGAUUUUUUGAAUCGAUCAUAUCGAAUUGUCAAUGGUGAAGGAAAGAAAGCCGAUUUUCGUAAAACAAACAUACAUGCAUGUCUCAGUCACGUUCUGUUGGACUCGAGAAAAAUGGUAAACAAGUUGCUCGGUGAGUCAUUACGUGAUCUUGCUAUGUGGAGUAUUGCGGUUUUAAUAAACACUUCGACGUGGUGUGAAUUUAAAAGCAAUUGGGAAUUAAUCUGUGUUGUAUUUCUCGAAAUUCAUUGUGGUGAUGAUCAUAUUCAUAAAGAAAAUCAAGAUGCCCUUCUGAACAAAAUAAUCAAAAUAAGAUCUGACCCAAAUAUUGUUGUGGCUAUUAAAUCCUGUGAUGGUCUUCCAGAUGAAAAUGUGGAUGAAUGUCAUGGUUUCGAUGUGUACGAUUUCUCCGAUGGCCAUGGUGAUAAUGGUGAUAAUGACGAUAAUAACAUGAUUCAAUCUAAUUUUCGUUCACAGAAAUCGAUAAGAAAAAAGAUAGUCGUCGACGAAGAACAAGAAACAAAUUCUACUGAUUCAGCAUUCAAAACAACGAUCAAUGAAAUAUUUUCUCAUACACUUAGCGCUUGUAAUUUGUCCAAUGAAGAUAUGUCCGGUAAAAAUUGUCAUGGAAUUUUGAAGUGGUUCAAAUAUUUAGUCAAGUAUUUUAUGCCAACCUUACCAAUCUGGUCAAAUCUGUUAUUAGGUAAACGUAUUUCAUUAGUACAUACCAUAUCAAAAUCAACUGUGUAUUCUUUUGAAGGAGAUCUGACACGGCAUAGACGAAAAAUAGUUCGUUCUUUCGAACGAAUAAUCAGUCAAACUCCGGAACAAAGAACGACUGCAAUAAGUGAACGAAGAAUGGGUAUCUUAAAACGCACACAAUUGGGCAAUCGUGUCCACAUUCGACUUGAUGUUUUACUUUCGAUAUUAAUUCCGGAUAUGUUGACUAUGAUUGAUGAGUAUACCAGGAACUUAACUGUGUACUGUUCGGCAUCUCAAAACAAUGAUGAAAGUAAUUCGUCUAUGGUGCUGGAUGAUCGUCGACUAAAACCGGUUGAAGAACAUUGGCGCGAAACACGUAAUAAGAGAGGUCAUGGCCAUUACACAAAAUGUCCUGAACAACCAGUUUUUUCUGAUCUCGUUUCAUCUCUUUUGGCGUCGAGAAACGAUGUAAAUGCUGAUCUUAAACUACCAGCAAUAACACCAAUCUGGUUGAAUAUUGCCGUUGGGUUAAUUUUAUCGACUAUAAACAAUUUUGAUCUUCAUCUUUCUAUUCCAUCACCAUCAUCUGAAUCCUCAAACAGCUUGUCACCACUGGAUAUCGUUAUAUCCUUCAUUGAAGAUUGGUUAAGUUCUACACAGCGUGAUAAUCGUAAGACUCUUGCAGCGAAAAUUCCAUUCCCAUUAAAAAUAGACGACAUAAAUGGACUCGCUCAACGUUCAACAUACAUCCUCGAACAUAUUCUCCUACCAUUACUGCCUUGCCAUCUGAUUGUUGAUAAAAUUUAUUCGUGCAAAACCUGUGAAUUUACCAUGAGUAAAAGAGAUUUGAUUGGAUAUAUUCCCAUUAACAUUUUUGGUGCUGGUUUACAACUGGAACAUGAUCUGUAUUCAUAUUUUGCUCCAGUUACAUCAGAUCUACCAUGUCCACUGUGUGGUGAUCUAACUAUUCGUCACAUUGAAGUGAUCCAAUGGCCAUAUGUUUUAGUUCUCAAUAUUAAUGAAUCGUCGAAGAAUAUCAAGUUCCGUAAACCGCCUGGCACUUUAUCACUUGUUCGGUUUUCCAGUUGGCUUUCCAUAGAGUAUCCAUCCUCUAGUGUGUAUGAUUUGGUCUCUUUCAGCAGCAUCAUUCGAUCAGGCUCCAACGAAAUCAUGGUGCGAGCGACGAAAAUAAAAAAGAGUUGGUCAACAAGCAUGAACAAACGAUUAAUUGGUUGUGGUGAAGUAUUGAAACGUCUCUAUGCAAACAGUCGAAUCUUAGUUUUUGAAUGUGUACAAAUGAAGAGCAAGACCAACUUUGUUCAUGCUAUUAAUCGAUGCUCUUUUCAUAUUCCACCAAUCUUCGAUAAUGAUCCAUCAACAUGUAAAAGUUUUCGAGCAUCAUGUUUAACGAUCGAAACUAAUAAAAAAUGUGUACAUUUGAAUGAUGUUCUUGUCGCUAACAUCAAAACGCAUUUCUCAUGUAACAGUUGUCAUCGUUCAUCUGAUUCUGCUACUAUAGUCAAAGAACAAGUAUAUAUCUUCAAAUCAACAGUGAAAGGAAAAUUGAUUGGCUAUCCAGUGACCUUUGAUCUUCAAAAUAUCAAUAAUAGUGAGCAGUCGUGUGUCAACUGUAAUCAUCCAAUAAAGAACAUUCAAAUGGAAGUUUUGAAACAAGUAUUUCUCAAAUGCCCAUCAGUUCUGGUGAAAUUGGGUGAUCGCAAUACUCAACCAAAAAUUAUUUUUGAUUCUGAACUCGAAUUAACAGAUGUAGAUGAUAUCACUUAUUGCUAUACAGCGGCUUCUAUUUUAUUAAUCAGCCGUUACAGUGACACUAUUAGUGUUAUAAAAAGAAUUGGUUCCGAUUACAUUCAGUAUUCAGGAGAGAAAUUUUCGGAAUCUUCUGUUUUAUCAUAUUCGAAGAUGGCUGACUUAUUUGAUAUUAGCAGUACGAAUCUAAUUUUUUAUUAUCAGAUCCAUGCAUUUACACCACUUCAGAAAAGCUUUCACAAGCUUCGUAAUAGUGAUCCUUCCAAUUUUUUAAGCACUCUGUAUCCAUCGUACGAUGACUACGGCUGCACCAUUCUCAUGAAAUGCAUUCAGACAAAAGCAUUAGAGAAGCGUACCUUGCAAAAGGGACCUUCAACAAUACAAUAUUCAAAACUGUUCCCACGACGGAACCUAUCCAUUCUUUCAUCAAUAUAA